GCCGGAGACUCUGCCCAUCAGAACAUCGCUCGCAAGGACUUAGGAGAUCGCGAGUGAGUGAAAGUGUAACAAACGCGGAAUAAGAAAUAAAUGGAUUUAUUGGAAAACUUAAAAAGGAUUAUAAAAUAAUAUUGAUUCUCUUCGGCGUCCCUCCCACGCAGCAUCUUUGACCUCACGCGAGAGGUUGCUUUAUUAAACCUACGAGAGAGCGGCUUAUAGCUCAGUUAUAGAUCUGGAAUUAGUAACCGGAAGAUUCUAGGUUUCGAAUUCGGCUUGAACACAAUCGGAUUUUUACGCAUUUUUUCGUUAAAUCGAUCACACUACGAUGAUUGAAGUACUAUUGUUUAUUAUUUUUCUUAUAUCAAUAUAUCAUUUUUAUUUACACUAUGGCAAAACAGGAAGAUUGAUUAAUUUAAUUCCUGGACCACGCACCAUACCAAUAUUGGGAAAUUCCCUUUUGUUCAACGUUCCAUUAGAUAAACUAUGGCAAGUAAUAUGUAAAUUACAGAAUCAAUAUUAUCCAAUCGUAAGAGUAUGGAUAUUUCAUAUGCCAUGGAUAAUAAUCUGUCAUCCAGAUGACAUAAAGGCUUUAGUAGGCAGCAUGAAACAUAAUGAAAAAGGUGUUGUAUAUAAUCUUUCUCAUUGUUGGAUUCGGACCGGUCUUCUCACUAGCGGAGGUAACAAAUGGCGAACACGGCGAAACCUUUUAACUCCUACUUUUCAUCAUAAUAUAUUGAAAAACUUUGUUGAUAGUUUUGUCGAGGAAGCAAAUAAAAUGAUUAUGGUUUUGAAAAAUAGUAGAAGACCAGUUGUGAAAAAGUUAUGGCCAUUUGUAAGCGAAUAUACGCUGAACUCAAUAUGCGAAACAUCUAUGGGCAUUUCUAUAAACAAUUCAACUGAUUCCAAAAAUUAUCGUGAUGCUAUUGAACAGAUGAAUGACAUUCUUAUGUAUAGAGGUACAAGACCUUGGCUAUACAAAGAAUGGAUAAAUGCAUUGUUUCCAAUAGGCAAAAAACAAAAAAAACUUCUGAACACAUUACACGGUUUCACAGAAAAAAUUAUUGCGGAGAGGAAACAUUAUCAUGAACUUACCGGUGGUCGGUAUUUAAAACCUGAAAGUGAAUAUGACACAGAAAUUAAUGACACUAAAAGAAGACGAAUGGCCUUCUUAGAUUUAUUGAUAGCGGCGAAUCAUGAAAACAAAUUAACUGAUUUAGAUAUCAGAGAAGAAGUUAAUACAUUCACAGCUGCGGGAUACGAGACUACAACAAAUGGAAUAUGCUUCGCUUUGAUGUUGUUGGCUAAACACAAAAAUAUUCAGGAUCGCGUUAGACUCGAAGUUAAUACUAUGAUUGAAGAGAAUGGUAAUAAAUUUACCAUAUCGUCGUUACAAAAGUUAUCGUACUUAGAUAACGUUAUAAAAGAGGUUUUAAGGUUAUACCCCUCCGUGCUUCUUAUAUCGAGAGUGACAACAGAAGAUGUAAAAUUACAAUCAUACACGAUACCCUCGGGCACGAAUAUAUUUAUAAAUAUAAAUGCAACUCACAAAGAUCCAAAUUUUUGGCCGAACCCGGAAGUAUUUGAUCCGGAUCGAUUUCUCCCAAAAGAGUGUCAAUCUCGUCACCCAUACUCGUACCUGCCAUUUAGUGCAGGACCGCGCAAUUGUAUAGGUCAACGAUACGCUAAUUUACAAUUAAAGGUUGUAAUAGCCUUGCUGGUACAAAAUUUCUAUUUAGAACCAGUUGAUCUCUCGGAAAACAUAGAAAUAAUGAUGAAAAUAUCGAUUAGUCCUACUCGUCCACUCUACGAAAUGAUCCUUGUAACGAAUUCCUGGAAAGAGAAACGGGAGCCAGCCGAGAUAAGAUAGACAAGUCCAAACCGGGUGUCAUAUUAUAAAAAAACCUAGCCGAACGUCAUAUUAUAAACAAAAUCUAACCGGUAUCGAUGAGCAAAGGUUAUCGCCCCUCAGAGGGGAAUGUGAUGAACAAAGAUUCUCUGUACGCAAGCUACGCGCUCGGAAAUUUUGGGCAUGACACAGCGGCUCUCGCGACUCUGGAAAAAAAAUCGAAAAUCAGGGGGCUAGAGUUGCGACUCGCAGACAUAAACAAGAUAGGGCACGCAGUGAUAAGCGAGAUCUAAACAAACGAUGAUCCCAUCGAUCCGGAGAAUCAAACGAAAGGGGAAAAGGUCUUUGCCCCGACGGUCAACGAACAAGAGGGCAAAAUUUCGAGAAAAGACGAUGGAGAAGGGGAGAUCAACCAGCAGGUAUAAAAGCCCUGGAUGCUCGAUCGGGCAUUCAUUAAUCAGUACGCAGUUUUCCAACACAGUUCGAUUUUCAGAGAAUAUUUUCUCGCGAUAGUCAGUGAUUAACAAUCGGUCAGUCAGUUUGAAUCAAAGAAAUUUCGCAAACUUCUCAUUCGUCGAACCUGCUGAGGGUGCCGCCGACUUCCCUUGCGAUCAUCUGCGAACAGCGCGAAUCCAAGCGAAACAACUACGACUAAUCACCGAGCAACCUUGCCAAUUUCCAGCAUCACUAUCACCAAAAUAUAUCACCGAGUACAUUGUAAGUCUCAUUAAUACAGACUCAUACACCUUUUGCAUUUCGAUAUGAGCAGCAGUCAAGAUCAUCAAUUCUUACAACCAUUUCUAAUUCUCGACACCUAACGUAAUGUAAUGAUUCCGAGUACCGUAAUAACAACCGUAACAUUUAUCCAAUCAAUAAUUCAAUAAUAGUGAUCUACUCUUGAUUGAUUAUCUUGAUUUGCUACUCAUAGUCAAAAGAACAGCGUCUAUG